AUGUCUUUAGACCUUCUUUCGAAACGCAUUCAAAUCGAAGAUCAGCUGGCUACAGUCCGUUAUGUUGGGCCCGUUCCACCUACCAAGGGAGAGUGGCUUGGCGUAGAAUGGGAUAACGUAUCAAGAGGAAAACAUGAUGGUGUUCAUGAGGGCACGAGAUAUUUUACUUGUAGUGUACCAAAUAGUGGCUCUUUUAUCCGUUUUUCAUCAAAGAUAAAUACAGGCCGCAGUUUCGUCACUGCCCUCAUUAACAAAUAUAUUGACUAUGAUGAUUCUGGAAUGAUGCAAGAGAAUGAAGAGACGUAUGAUGCCCAAAAGGAUUUAGAUACGCUCUAUUGGGCAGGAAAUACUAAAAUUGAAGUUGAAGCAUUAGGAUGGGACAAAAUUCGCCGUAAACAACGAAAAUUAGACCUAUUGACCGAAGUUGGUCUUUCUUUCGAGCAAAUAUCAAGUGCUGGUAACCCAGGAGAAAUUGAAGCUACAUGUCCAAAUAUUGUCGACUUGAAUUUAUCAAAGAAUUUACUGUCAGACUGGGAAACUGUUGCCCAUAUAUGUCAAGAACUAAAAAAGUUGGAAGUAUUACGUUUAAAUUACAAUCGAUUUCAAAUGCUGAAGGCAGUACCAAAUUUUUCAAAUGCCUUUUUAAAUUUGAAAAGUCUUUCACUUAACUAUACUCGAAUAUUUUGGGAUCAGAUAGAAUUGCUUGAACCAUACUUUCCAAGUUUAGAAAACCUGCAACUCGGUUUUAAUAACAUUAGAUUAUUGUCUAAUAAUGUGAAUGAAAAAGAAAACCAUCCAGUGAAUAAGAUUAAAGGAUUUGUAAAACUAAAAGUGCUUAACCUUGAAUCUAAUGGUAUAAAUAGUUGGGGUACAAUUGCAUGUUUCUCGGAUUUACCUUGUCUGGAAGAUCUCUUUCUCAAUAAUAAUAUAAUUGAGCGCAUUUUUUACCCAAAGGAAAAUGAAAGUAAUAAAGCAUUUCCAAAAUUACGUUAUUUAAACGUUAGUGAAAACAAGAUCAGUGAUUGGAAUAGUAUCGAUGAACUCAACAAAUUUCCUUCGUUACAUGAGCUACGAAUUAGAAAAAAUCCAUUUCUUGAAAAUGAAAAACCUACUGAAGCAAAUAUGUCAAUAAUUAGUCGGAUUAAAGGCUUAUCAGUUUUAAAUGGCAGUAUUAUAUCUCCAGGGGACAGAGUUGAUGCAGAGAGAUUUUAUCUUAGGGUUUGUGUAAAAGAUUUUAAAAAAACUUCAGAAGAAAUAGAGAGAGAACAUCCGCGAUUUAAGGAAUUAUGUGAGUUACACGGUACACCGGUUGUUGAUGAGAUCAGUAUGAAAGCCACCAGCAAUGUUUUAAAGGAUCGUUUAAUAUCCCUUACAAUUACUUCCCGGCCGUCUCUUGAACAAGAUCCUAUAAAAAAGGUUUCUAAAAAGCUAUUAGGGACAAUGGAAAUACGAAGUUUGAAGAAUUUGCUUCAAAAACUUUUUGGAAUACCAGCUUCACGGCAGAGAUUAUUUGCUAUUACCAAUUAUCAAACAGAAAAUGGUUCAACAAUAUUAAAAAUUGAGAUGAAUGAUGACUUACGUCAAUUAUCGUAUUAUGAUAUUUCAUCUGGUGACGAG